UGUGCACUUUACUUCAAGCAUUGUGGAGGAUAAGAAGGGAUUUAGAUUUUUUGGCAUUUGAUCCAAGAUCGAGAGACUAGACUUCACCAUGAGCAAGUAUUUCAAGCGAAAGAAGACAAAAAGGGACAAGUAUUUGCAUAUUAUUCGAGACAGAGACCCUAACGAUACUUGGGAAUUGUUAUCAGAGAUUGGAGAUGGUUCUUUUGGUAAAGUUCACAAGGCAAGAAAUAAAAUGAAUGGGGUCACGGUAGCAGCCAAGAUCAUCGAACUCAGAGACACAGACGACCUCAAUGAUUUCCGGGUUGAGAUUGACAUCCUGACAGAAUGCAAGCAUCCAAAUAUUGUCGGUCUGGAGGAGACGUUUCUUCACCAGUCCAAAUUAUGGAUGAUGAUCGAGUUCUGCGAAGGUGGUGCCCUGGAUGAUAUAGUCCUAGAGCUGGAGAAACCGUUGACGGAGGCACAGAUCAAAGUCGUUUGCAGGCAAACGCUGGAAGCUCUUGCCUACCUCCAUGAACACAACAUCAUCCACAGGGAUCUUAAGGCUGGCAACAUCCUACUCACGAUGGAUGGGAAUGUCAGAUUAGCUGAUUUUGGAGUUUCCGCCAAGAAUUCCUCACCGCAGCAGAGAAGAGAUUCAUUCAUUGGAACACCGUACUGGAUGGCGCCAGAGGUCGUCAUAUGCGAGACGCUGAAGGACAACCCGUACGACUACAAGGCAGAUAUAUGGUCGUUGGGUAUCACGUUAAUAGAACUGGCAGAGACGGAACCCCCUUACCAUGAUUUGAACCCGAUGAGGGUGCUUAUUAAGAUCCCCAAGGCAUCACCACCGAGCCUUCAGUACAAGAAAAGAUGGUCAAGAGAAUUCAAUGACUUUCUUGAGAAAUGUUUAGAGAAGAACCCAGAGAAGAGACCCUCUGCAGUUGAUCUACUCAAGCAUCCAUGGGUCCAUGAUGUCACAGACACUAAGCCCAUCAAGGACCUGCUUGCAGAAGCAAAAGCAGAUGUCUUUGAAGAACUUCAAGAUCUGCCUGAAGAUCAUAUUGAGAGAAGAGAUUCUAUUGAUACAACAAGUUUAGGAAGUCUGGACACAUCGUUUACAGGUCCACCUACACCUUCGACACCUCCAACAAACAUCAAGAAGGAAGCUCAAAAGUUGGCGGAGGAGCUCAAUGACGUCAAUCAGAAUGGAGACAAGAGCAUCACUGCAAACGGAAGUAACACCGAUCACAACAUUCCUAACGGCAGGAGCAACAGUGAGAAAUCGGGUGAAACGGUACGUGAUGACACGCCCCCCAACACCAACCAUGAAGACAAUCAAAGGGUGUUAGAUAAUGAUAGUGAUAAUAACAAGAUAGAAAUACUUGUAGAGACGGUGGAAGGGGACGAGGGGAAAGGGGAGGAAUUGAACAAUGAAAAGAAAGAGGGAGAGAAGGACAAUAAGGUUGGAGAUAGGGAAAAGGAGGAGAGUAGAGAAGAGGGUUAUGUUUCGAAUCAUCUUGGGGAAGGGGAUGAACGAUCGAAGGAGAAUGAUACCAAAGAGAUCAAAAGGGAAGGGGUCGGGAAGAUAGAUGAAGGGGGACAGGUGGAUGAAGGAGUCUUCGGGGAGACGGAGGAGGGCGAAGCCCCGUUGAAGAAGCCAAUGAUGAACGGCGAUGCGAUCGAAAUCAAGAAGGAUCGCCCGCCGUCGCUCGAGAUCAACAAUGGGAACGUCCCGUUGGUGACAUCGUCUGGGAAGGAUUCGGUGGUCAGCAGGAAGAGUAUGGACCGGUGCUCGGAUGCGGGCAGCGUGAUGACCAUCGACAGCGUGGAGAGCAUGGACCCGCCCCAGACCCCGUCUGAGACCAAGAAGAACCAUGAGGAGAAGGUCCAUUAUAAGACCCUGAAGAAGACCAGGAAGUUUGUCCUUGAUGGAAAGGUUGUGACCUUAACCACUUCAAAGGUCGUGAAGGAAGGUCAAGAAGACAAGGCUAAGGAACUCCAUGCCUUGAGGAAGAAUGAGCUUCGAGAGAUUCGUCGUAUGAGGAAGGGAGAGGUGAAAGAGUCAAACAACCUAGCAUCUAAGAUCCUCCAGCAAAUGGAGCAGCUAGACAAGAGGCAGGAUGCUGAGAAAGGGUUAUCUGUGAAGAAGUUUGACUUGGAGAUUGAGCAUCUGAACAGGCAGCAGAAGCAGAAUGUUGAGAAGCUAGAACUAGCUCAGGAGGCAGAGCUCAAAACAUUCAAGAAGAAAAUCAAAUCAGAACAGGACAAAGAAAUGAAGGUAUUCCGAGAUGGCAAGAAGAAGGCCGCGAAGGAGCUGAAGAACGCCAAGGGAGACCGGGAUGCGCUGAGGAAAAGAAGAGAGGAGUUUGAAGUCAAGCAGCAGGAGGAAGAGAGAGAGUUUCUCUCCAGGCAAAAGGGGACGCUCGAAGCCGAGAUCGUCAAGAUCAACCAAGGUCACCGGCAACAGGUAGCCACGCUGGAACAUAAAUUUUUGGUGGAGAAACAUAAUAAACAGAGAGCGAGGGAGUCAGCAGUUUGGGAGAUGGAGGAGAAACACCUGAAAGAGAAGCAUCAAAUCUCAAAGAAUCAACUCAAAGAUAUGUUCUUUCUUCAGAGGCAUCAUCUUGUCCUCAGACAGGAGAAGGAGGUACAGCAGCUCAAGAACUAUUUUGAUCGUCAAGAAGAGGAGCUGAAUCAGAAGCACAUACUAGACCAGAGGCAGUUACCACGACGACUACGUAACGAGAUGAGGGCCAGGCUAGCAAUGUUCAAGAAGAGUCUGCAGAUCCACAAACCGAGCUAUACAGCCGAGCAGGAACGAGAGAAACUUAAAGAAUUCCAAGACAAAGAGAAUCUCCGCUUCAAGUCAGAGAUCGCCAAACAGAAGAGCAAACAUGAGAAGCAGCUAAAUGAUGUAAGACAGAGCAACGCUGCCAUCAUGCAAGAACUACUCAGCGAUCACAACGAGAAGCGAAAGGUGCUAAUGGAACAGGAAACGGUCAAGGUCAAAGAUCGGGAUGAUAUCCAUGCUGAAGAGGUCAAGAAAUGGAGGGAAAACCUGAGACCAAGAAAGAGAGAAUUGGAGGAGUCAUUCCAGAGGGAGCUCGAGAAGCAAGGAGAGUUUUACUCCGGGAACAACACAGAAGCCCCCUCGUCAGAUUCCAUGAAAUACAAGAGGAACAGUCUUAGUGUACUCUGAGCCCUCUCCUAUCUAUUUCUUACUACCUUCUUGUCUACCAACCAUAGCUAGUUGAUGUAGCCAGAGUUGCAACAGCGGAAGCCACAUCUGAUUUGUCAGGUCAAUCAGCAAGGCCAUUCUUUCUCAUAGACAUUUCACAUGGGAGGAAUCCAUUUGAUGCUCUGAGCUCUGACCAUACGUGUGAAAGCACUUGUCACAAUCGUCUACACUGACGUCUUCACAUCUUUACUCUGAGGCAGUGACAAGUUUCAUUUGUCGUCGGUAGAAGUCACACCACAUUAUUGUUCACGAUAUGUAAAUCAACUUGAUUUGAUGUGGCAGAUAACCUGCAAACUCCAGAUAACUAUUACUUAGCUUAACAAGCAGGAGACGGAUGGAUGGCUUCAUUAUUGCCAUGUUGGCUAACCUCAGGCAAGCAUGGUCGUUAUGAUGAACUUUUAAUACGACUUCAUAUAUAGGUAUUGUAUACAAUAUUGCCACUUUGACAAACCUUGGGCAAGCAUGAUGGUUAUGAACUGUUGUCAUGGCUUCUCAUUGUAUACCUACAGUUUACAUAGUUGCCAUGUUGGGUUUACCUUUGACAAGUAUAUGGUUAGGAUGAGCUCCAAAAUCGAGAGAGAUACAAAAGAUUUGACUGUUCUGGUGGGCUGUUGCUUAUUGUUAACAUUUCCACAUUCAAUAAUUUUGUGGCUUGUUGGAGUAGAUUGCAUUCUGCAGUCUACCUCGAAGCAGGGCUUGAUAUUGAUGCCACACGUUUUGUUACACUGAAUGUAUUUAAAUAAGUGUUUGGUACCGCGAAAUUGUAAAAUAGCCUUCAAAACGGACAUACUAAAGCUUUUCGACAUGCACUCAUCGGAGUAAAGUUGCAUGAAUUACUGGAACGCCAGAGCGAAACAAUAUACAUGUAUAAUAGAACCGAAAGAGACAAUGGGCGCUAAACAGAUAGCUGUAAUUGGCUGUCAAGGUAAACAAUUUAGGCUUAGUACCAGCCGUAAAUUGAAGUGAAGCAACUAAAAUAACGCAAUGGUUCUUAUGAACUCUUUCUGGCAGCACAGAAUCGGGUCUGUUAGCUGGAUAUACGCUGCCUCUGCUUCUAGACUUUCAUGCGAUUUUACUCCGAUGAGUGCAUGUCGAAAAGCUUCAGUAUGUCCGUUUUCAAGGAUACUUAACGAUGAAUGUAUUUAAGUGAAGACAUCUCAUGAUGUCUUUUAAUUUAUUAGAUGUUCUUCAGUCUCUGUUAAGGGGUGGACACGGUCAACGCAGUCUUGUAUUCAAAUGCAUUCAAGGAAGGGCAGAUAUUUACUUACGAGUAUUUUUAUGAGACAUUUCAACACAAUCGUAAAUACUAUUGCCAAGCAUUGACUUCAAAAACUAGAUUGAUAUCUCCCUUUUUCAGAAGAUACAUUGUACUUAAUGUCAUUGAAGAUAUUAUUUAGAUACUGAAAAUUACUUUGUUUCAUUUUGCGCAGAAAACGUGUAAGGCAAAUCCAUUUUUUGUUUCUUUUUCUGGCAUUCCCUAUAUAUUUUCUUGAAAUCUUUAUAGAACUUUAUAUUAUUAUUUUAAGUGUCACUCAAAAUGUUUAAAAAUUAUGUAUUACUUUGGGUCAUUUAAAAAAAUAUGAGUGUUGACAUAUUCUGCUAUUGCAUCUGCAAGUGAGAUAAGAUUUUUUUUAUAAGUCAUCAGAGAUUAUGUUGAAAUAGUCAUAAAAACAUAAUUUUUGUAGUAUUCCCACAAGUACAAUCUGCUGCAUUCAUGUUUAGUAGAAGCCCCAAAUGGCUGUGACUGGAUUGGUAAAAUAUGUCUUCUUUUUUGCCUUGCUGUAUAUAUAUACACCAGGUGGGUGUUUCGUAAAGCUGUUCGUAAGUCAAGAGCGACUGGGGAUCAUUUCUUG